CUGUUUUGAUACAUUCAUUCAAUAAAGCUUGCUUGUGUUCGACGCCAACGCCCAAAACACCGUGCAUCAACCGUGCAAUGUAACUUAUAUACUUGUGUGUAUAAAAUAUUAUUACUUAAAUUGAAUAACAUAAAUUACGUUAUUUAUAGUUAUAAUUCGGAAAAAUACCUGCAGAAACAAUGAAGAACAGAAGUUUGGCCGGCAAUUGUGGCAUUGGUGUGUUUGUUAUUGCCCUUGUGACAGUGGCAUUGGCAUUUGGUACGCCUAGUUGGCUUGUUAGUGAUCACAGAAUUCGAGGAGCGAGACUAGACAGAUUGGGCUUAUGGAGUCAUUGCUUUAGAUCUCUUCCUGAUCCAUUAGAUCAGUAUCAAAGACGAUUUUUUGUUGGAUGUCGCUGGGUAUAUGACCCUUUUACUACAGGGUAUGAUAAAAUUCGUGGUUAUUUAUUACCAGGGUUUAUGAUAGCGACACAGUUUUUUUUUACUUUAUGCUUGCUUGGAGUUCUGGUUUCCACGAUAUUAGUUUUAAUAUUCUUCUUGUGUUGUGGUCCUGACCAACGUCGAUUUGUGCUGCUGAUAAAAGUUAUAGGAUACAUCAUGCUAGGUUCAGGUAUUUGCGGAGCUAUUGCAGUAAUCGUUUUUGCGUGUUUGGGUAAUACGGAUGGAUGGAUGCCAGAUCAUCCGAAUAACUACUUGGGUUGGUCUUUUGGCCUCGGUGUCGUUGGUGCAGUAGCGUGUCUUAUCGCUGCAGCUCUAUUUCUCACAGAAGCAAAUAUUCAAGCGAAGAAACAGAAAAGGUUCAAAGAGUCACAAGCUCGUUUUGAGUUGGAGCAUGAGUCGAAAGCAUAACGUUGAGUGCAUCACUGCAAUUAAUGAAUUAGGAAUUAGGAUUCAUUAACAAAAUGAUGUUGGACCUAAUUGUACAUUAAGGCCGCUGUGUGGUAGCUAGACACAUCAUUCCAGUGCCUUUUUAAUAGUAGGUAUAUUAUCUUUUUCAUUAUAACGUUUCAUCUUUGUACAAAUAAUUUAAGCGAUCAAGUCUUCGUAAGUAAGACUAUCAUUAAGUUUUAAGACACUUUCGUGGCUGCCAGUAUAACUUAAGUUCUAAUGUGAACACUACGAAUUUGUGAGAAGUAUUUUUGUUUGAUUUAGUUUUAUUGCUGUAAAAUAGCAUUUUUACACCUCUAUUUUUAUUUUUUGCACUGAAAUAGAUAUGUAUAUUUAAUUAGAUUAAUUUCAUAUAAAUGCCGUCCUAAUAUUUUGUAUUGACAAUUCCAUUAUAAAUUACGUAACCGUAUGCCGUCCAUUAGUAUUAUAUAUAUUUUAAGCACCAAAAUAAUUCUAAGAUUUUUCAUAUGUUUUGACUUUUAAGACUUUAUAUAAGAAUCUCUUAAAGUGCCCGUUUAUAAUUUAUUUUUACGGUUGUACCUAUAUAUAUUUUAAUACAUAUUUCUACGUAG